GAACAAGAUCUCCAACUUUCGCCAAGCCAACAAUGAAUCUUUCUAUGAGGCGCUAGACCGAUUCAAGGAGUACAUUAGGGACUGCCCUAAUCAUGGUUUCAAUGAGGGAAACCUAUGGAACAUCUUCUAUCGUGGCAUAGACCACAAGUACAAGCUUUCAUUGGACACUGCAAGCAAUGGAAACUUCAUGACCAAGACUGUUGAUGAAGCUAAGGUUCUUAUUGAGAAUCUUGCAGCUAGUGAUUGUAACAACUGUCCUGAUUAUGACCGCUCAAGCCGCACCACUACUAGCUCCCCUGAUUCUUUUCAAAUGACUGAACUCAAGAACAUGAUGGCUCAAGUUCUUAAGGGACAGCUCAAGCAUAUCAAUGCAAUAGAAGGGAUGAGUGAUGCUAAUGAAGACCCAUCAAGAGAAUGCAUGGGAGAUUUCUCUAAUGAAGCCAAUGAAGAAGAUGUGAACUACAUUGGAAACUAUGGGAACAAGGGAUACAAUCCAAGCUAUCGCCCAAACCCCAACAUGUCUUAUAGAAACCCCAAUGUGGAGAAUCCUCAAGACCAAGUGUAUCCUCCAAGGUAUCCACAACAACAAAGACCUCCUUACCAAUCUCAAGGAAGUCAAUUUCAGCCAAGGCAAGGGUAUGAGCAGAGAUCAUCAUAUCCGCCCAAGGAGCCAUAUGCUUCUUCACCAAAUCAAGCUCCUCCAAACCAACAAGGUGGGAGAUUUGAAGGAAUCCUCCAACAGAUCAUGGAUGGCCAGAAGAGAAACACUAAAGAGAUGUAUGAGAAGAUGGACACUUUGUUCAGCAAUCUCAACACCAAGUAUGAUGCUGUUGCCACUCAUGUGAAGAAACUAGAGACUCAAGUCACUCAAACUAUGGAAGCUGUUAAGAGACAGGAAGCUGAAUCCAAGAAGUCCUUUUGCAACUCAGCCGCCAUAGAAGAAAGAUUUGAAGACCAAGUUCCAGAAUGGAUGCUUUCAAAACCUACUGUUGAUUGCAUGAUUUGGCCUGAAGAGAAUUACCCAGAGAGAGAGUCCAAUCGAGCUAGAAAGAGAAGACUCUUCCCAAAGAUUAUCCCCAAGACAGAUAACUCAGGAAAGUUUGUUGUGCCUUGUAUCAUCAAAGGUAACAUUCUUGAGCAAUCUUUGUGUGACACAGGAGCCAAUGUGAACAUCAUGUCUAAGAGGAUAGCUGACAAGAUAGGCCUCACCAAGAUAGAGCCAUCAUCCAUCUCCAUCAACUAUGCUGAUUCAUUCUCACAAACCCCUAUGGCUUUGUGCCUAAUGUGA